UUAAUUUAAUAUUAAUAUAUACUUGUAACACAAUAUCGUCAAAAUCGACUACGGAUAAUUUCCUUAAGAUGUUAUGAAACACAGAAGUUGCAUGCGUUUCUUUUGCAAAUUUUAUAAAUUGAAAUUUAAUUUUUGAUUUUAUUAUAUAUGUGCGCUAAUUUAAGUCAAUUUUUCCCACAAAUCCAAGUGUAAGUAGGUGGAAUGGUGUGAAUGGAGCGAAGGGAAGCAGUGUGUUUGGCCGAUGGGGCGAGUUCAAGUCUCGCAGAGAGAGUGCUUUUUAUACCCUUGUAGAGGGUAUUAAAAUUAUGCCAUGAACUUCGUUACAACUGUAACGCAUAGAAUUAAACGUCUCCGAACCCAACAAGUACACAUAUAUAUUCUUGAUCAGCAUCAACAGACGAGCUUAUGUAGCCAAAUCCGUUUGCCUGUUAAUCUAUUUCCAUGCGAAAUAUUCUCUUAUUUUUAAAGCUUCUUGAAGAUUUGCAUAGGUCCUUCUUUCAGUUGCAGACGGAACUUAUCUCAAAACCGGCUCGAUCGGACAAAUCUAUCAUAUAAUUGCCAUAGGAACAAUAGGUCGAAAGGAUUUUUGUAUGGCAAAAUAUUUUUUAUUUUAAAUUCAUUUUCAUCAAGCUCAGCAUUUACAAGCUUCACUAUUCUAACAUAACUACAUAUGUCUAAAAGGGUAUUAAAUCUUCGGCGUGCCAAAGAACAGUUAUUUUAAUUAGAAGCCUGGCCAGCUGUCCUAAUUCCAAAGCCUUUUGCCUUUUGGUAUAUCGGCAUUCCGAAAUAAAUCCAGUAUGAUAUUGCACCUAUUCAGUGCUAGUCACUGUGACAUUUGCAAUGAACAGGAUAUUUCGACUAAUAAGUCCGGCUCCACUUGGGGUUCGAAUACGUUCUAGGGAAUGUUUUACCUAUUUAUACCGCGUUGUGAUGUUCGUCGGUUACACACCACCAAAGCGGGAUGUACAGAGAUAUCUAUACCUGUUUUGGUCCUGUUUGGUGUUUACUAUUGCAGAGCUGUACGCACCCGUUGGCCUUGUGCUUAGUCUUAUAAAGAACUUUUCGAAUUUUACGCCUGGUGAUUUUUUUAACGUACUCCAAGUAACUUUUAACGUCAGUGGAGCGACUGCUAAAACCAUUGUGGUUUUAUUUUUAUUUUCACGAAUAAAUCAGAUGGAGUCCGUACUUGACAUUAUGGACGAGCGGCUGCGUAGGGAUGACGAUCGCUGCAGAAUUCACAAAGCAGUUGCUGAUUCAAACUACAUAUUUUUAGUUUACGCUAUAAUAUAUGGAACCUUUCUUACAUCGGCAUUUGUAAUUGGUGUAUUUAAUGGGCACCCGCCAUGGUUGUUUUACAAUCCACUCUUCGAUUGGCAUAAUGGAUCUACAAGAUUUUGGCUGCAAUCGAUCCUUGAGCAAAUCGUUGUGUCCCUUACGGGGUUGACACUUCUGGUUUCGGAUACAUAUCCUCUCAUAUUUCUUGUUAUGAUGCGAGCUCACAUCGAUGUGCUGAGGGAGCGUAUUCGAAGUCUGCGCACUGAUCUACAUAAAACAGAGGCUGAAAACUAUGAUGAACUCAUCUGCUGCAUAAUGGACCAUAAGCUUAUUUUGAAAUGCUGUGCAAUUAUGCGUCCAAUUAUCUCGGGCAUCAUAUUUGUUCAUUUUCAGCUAGUUGGCGUAGUGCUGGGAGUGACCAUUAUUAACAUUUUAUACUUCUCGGAUUUCAUACAUGGCAUUUCUUCGAUUAUUUAUCUAACUGGCAUCUUAUUGGAAUCAUUUCCCUGCUGCUAUCUAAGCGAUUUACUUGCCGAAGAUAGCAAGGAUUUAUCGAACCUAUUGGCUCAAUCGAACUGGAUCAGUGCUGAGCGCAAAUAUAAGUCCACUUUGAUGAUAUUUAUACAGCACGUGCAACGGCCGAUUGUAUUUGUAGCCGGUAUUAUCUUUCCUAUCUCAGUUAACAGUAAUAUAAGGAUGGCCAGGUUUGCGUUUAGCGUGAUGACCAUUGUGCAGCAAAUGAAUCUGGCUGAUCGGUUAAAGAAGGUUACCCGUUAAAUAUUGGUUGAAACUAUCAUAAUUUUUAAUGACUGCUGUUAUUUGUGUUGCUAAUUUUUUAUUAUUUAAAAGAGAACUAAACAACAUAAUGGUUUUGUUCAAAUAUAUGAAAAAGGUAGUAGACAGCAUCUUCACACAAA